AUGUCUUACCAACAGCAGCAGUGCAAGCAGCCCUGCCAGCCUCCUCCUCCUUGUCCUCCUCCAAAGUGCCCAGAGCCUUGUCCUCCUCCAAAGUGCCCAGAGCCUUGUCCUCCUCCAAAGUGUCCAGAACCUUGUCCUCCUCCCUCAUACCAGCAGAAAUGCCCUCCUGUGCAACCUCCUCCAACCUGCCAGCAAAAGUGUCCACCAAAGAGCAAGUAA